GUAAACCUCAGCCAGUACGACACAUACGUGGCACAACAACAGAACGCCUACCCAGAGUUCUGGCGACACUACACCGAGCUGAAAACACAACCCUCCGCCGAGAACGUCCUGAAGGAGAGAGCUCAACUCCUGGACACCUUCCAACCGCUCAUGAACCCGCGGGAAAAAGCCCACCUCCUGUUCGCCUUCUCCACCUUCCACCGUGCGUGCCGGGAGGCGGGGCUGACCUACUUUAUCCUGGAGGCCUCCCUGAUGGGCGUGCUACGUCACCACGCCCUCAUCCCCUGGGAUGACGACAUAGACGUGGUGAUGAGCGCACGGCAGUGGCCUCAGAUCAGGAACGUGCUGGGGAACAUCGCGGGAUUCACUUUAUACACACCGCCGGACUCACAGUGGAAGUUUUACAUGGACCGAGCCACCGCCUUCCCCAACAAACCCUUCAAGUUCCCAAACAUCGACAUCUUUUUCUACAUGGACGACGAGACUCACAUCUGGAGCUUGACCAAGGGCUUAAAACACGACCUGGUCUACGAGAAAAGGGACAUCUUUCCUCUCCAGCUACGACCUUUCGAAGGUCACAUGGUGCCCGUGCCCUGUAACCUUGACCUGAUCGUGCACAAGUCACAUGACCAGCACAAGUGCGUGACCCCUGAGUACGUGCACAAGACGAAUAAGAACAAUUACUUCUUCAACAUCGCCUCCAUCGACUGUGAGCAGCUGUAUGAGUUCUACCCCUUUGUCUUCCCCCGCCCCUCCUCCCUCCGCGGCCACGUAGAUGAGCACUUACGGGUGGGCGUGAGGGAGAUCCACAAGGUCACCGUACCCCUGGGCUGCACGGGGGGGUCGCCAGCUUGAUGGAACGGCCGAGCGCCUGUCAUGUGACUAUAAAUAGACGCGAAUGUCUUAGGCUCCAGUGGGGGGUGUGUAGAACAGCCACGUGACUAUAAAUAGACACGACUGUCUUAGGCUACAGGUGGGGGGGGGGUCGAUAGAACAG